UCCAGCGCUACACCGGCGGCGGCGGCGGCGGCCGCGGCGGCUCCUCCGGGCAGCGCGACCCCCUGACAGCGAGCUCAGGCCUUCUCCUCCCCCGCUAGACUCCCAGCUCCUCUCCGCCCCGCCCCUGGUCGCUGGCGUUUCGGGGUCCCCGCUGCGCAGAGGGGCGCCGCGGCCAGGGCGUCCCUCCACACGCCCUCCCCCAGCCGCCGGCUCCGCCGCGGGGCCAGGCCGGGCCCGAGAACGCAGCCCCAGCGGGCGGGCGGCGGCCGCGGCGGAGGGCAGCCCGGGGCGGCGCCGGCGGGCCGGGGAGGGGUGGGGGGCUCGGCCCCCGGGCGGUGGUGCGGGAUGCCGCCCCCGCCGCCUCCGGGCUGCGUUCACUCUCCGCGGCUGGUGCCCUUGUCGGGUGAGUGGCCGCGCGCGGGCCUCGCCCCCCAGGACCCUCUCCAGGGCUAGCCUGGCCGCGCGGCGCCCCAAGGGGGCCGGGCCGUCCGGCGGGGCCGCGGCCCUGUUUCGCGCUGCGAGCUCGCCCUCUCGCGGCUCCCCAACCCGGUCGCCGCCGCCCCUCUCCCCGCCCAGAGGCGCCCCGGGGGCACCAUGCAGGCGCAGCCGUUGCCGUACGAGUUUUUCAGCGAGGAAAACGCGCCCAAGUGGCGGGGGCUGCUGGUGCCUGCGCUGAAAAAGGUCCAGGGGCAAGUUCAUCCUACUCUUGAGUCUAGUGAUGAUGCUCUUCAGUAUGUUGAAGAAUUAAUUUUGCAGUUAUUAAAUAUGCUGUGCCAAGCUCAGCCCCGAAGUGCUUCAGAUGUAGAGGAACGUGUUCAAAAAAGUUUCCCUCAUCCAAUUGAUAAGUGGGCAAUAGCUGAUGCCCAAUCGGCUAUUGAAAAGAGGAAGCGAAGAAACCCUUUAUCUCUCCCAGUAGAAAAAAUUCAUCCUUUAUUAAAGGAGGUCCUAGGUUAUAAAAUUGAUCACCAGGUUUCUGUUUACAUAGUAGCAGUAUUAGAAUACAUUUCUGCAGAUAUUUUAAAGCUGGUUGGGAAUUAUGUACGAAAUAUACGGCAUUAUGAAAUUACAAAACAAGAUAUUAAAGUAGCAAUGUGUGCUGAUAAGGUAUUGAUGGAUAUGUUUCAUCAAGAUGUAGAAGAUAUCAAUAUAUUAUCUUUAACUGAUGAAGAGCCUUCCACCUCAGGAGAGCAAACUUACUAUGAUUUGGUAAAAGCAUUUAUGGCAGAAAUUCGACAAUACAUAAGGGAACUAAAUUUAAUUAUAAAAGUUUUUAGAGAGCCUUUUGUCUCCAAUUCAAAAUUGUUUUCUGCUAACGAUGUAGAAAAUAUAUUUAGUCGUAUAGUAGAUAUACAUGAACUUAGUGUAAAGUUACUGGGCCUUAUAGAGGAUACUGUAGAAAUGACCGAUGAAGGCAGUCCCCAUCCAUUAGUAGGAAGCUGCUUCGAAGACUUAGCAGAGGAACUGGCGUUUGAUCCAUAUGAAUCGUAUGCCCGGGAUAUUCUAUGGCCUGGCUUUCAUGAUCGUUUCCUCAGUCAGCUAUCAAAGCCUGGAGCGGCACUCUAUUUGCAGUCAAUAGGCGAAGGUUUCAAAGAAGCUGUUCAAUAUGUUUUACCAAGGCUACUUCUAGCCCCUGUUUACCACUGUCUCCAUUACUUUGAACUUCUGAAGCAGUUAGAAGAAAAGAGUGAAGAUCAAGAAGACAAGGAAUGUUUGAAACAAGCAAUAACAGCUUUGCUUAAUGUUCAGAGUGGUAUGGAAAAAAUAUGUUCUAAAAGUCUUGCAAAACGAAGACUGAGUGAAUCUGCAUGUCGUUUUUAUAGUCAGCAAAUGAAGGGGAAACAACUAGCAAUCAAGAAAAUGAAUGAGAUUCAGAAGAAUAUUGAUGGUUGGGAGGGAAAAGACAUUGGACAGUGUUGCAAUGAGUUUAUAAUGGAAGGAACUCUUACACGUGUAGGAGCCAAACAUGAGAGACACAUAUUUCUCUUUGAUGGCUUAAUGAUUUGCUGUAAAUCAAAUCAUGGGCAACCAAGACUUCCUGGUGCUAGCAAUGCAGAAUAUCGUCUUAAAGAAAAGUUUUUUAUGAGAAAGGUACAAAUUAAUGACAAAGAUGACACCAGUGAGUACAAGCAUGCUUUUGAAAUAAUUUUAAAAGAUGAAAACAGUGUUAUAUUUUCUGCCAAGUCAGCUGAAGAGAAGAACAACUGGAUGGCAGCAUUGAUAUCUUUACAGUACCGGAGUACACUAGAAAGGAUGCUUGAUGUGACAAUGCUCCAGGAAGAGAAGGAGGAGCAGAUGAGGCUCCCUAGUGCUGAUGUUUAUAGAUUUGCAGAGCCUGACUCUGAAGAGAAUAUAAUAUUUGAAGAAAACACGCAGCCCAAGGCUGGAAUUCCAAUUAUCAAAGCAGGAACUGUUAUUAAACUUAUAGAAAGGCUUACAUACCAUAUGUACGCAGAUCCCAAUUUUGUUCGGACAUUUCUUACAACAUACAGAUCCUUUUGUAAACCUCAAGAACUACUGAGUCUUAUAAUAGAAAGGUUUGAAAUUCCAGAGCCUGAGCCAACAGAAGCUGAUCGCAUAGCUAUAGAGAAUGGAGAUCAACCCUUGAGUGCAGAACUAAAAAGGUUUAGAAAAGAAUAUAUACAGCCUGUACAACUGCGAGUAUUAAAUGUAUGUCGACAUUGGGUAGAACACCACUUCUAUGAUUUUGAAAGAGAUGCAGAUCUUUUGCAGCGAAUGGAGGAAUUUAUUGGAACAGUAAGAGGUAAAGCAAUGAAAAAAUGGGUUGAAUCCAUCACUAAAAUAAUCCAAAGGAAAAAAAUUGCAAGAGACAAUGGACCAGGUCAUAAUAUUACAUUUCAGAGUUCACCUCCCACAGUGGAGUGGCAUAUAAGCCGACCUGGGCACAUAGAGACUUUUGACCUGCUCACCUUACACCCAAUAGAAAUUGCUCGACAACUCACUUUACUUGAAUCAGAUCUAUAUCGAGCUGUACAGCCAUCUGAAUUAGUUGGGAGUGUAUGGACAAAAGAAGAUAAAGAAAUUAAUUCUCCUAAUCUUCUGAAAAUGAUCCGGCACACCACUAAUCUCACGCUGUGGUUUGAGAAAUGUAUUGUAGAAACUGAAAACUUAGAAGAAAGAGUAGCUGUGGUGAGUCGAAUAAUUGAGAUUCUGCAAGUCUUUCAAGAGCUGAACAACUUCAAUGGUGUCCUUGAGGUUGUCAGCGCUAUGAACUCAUCACCUGUUUACAGACUAGACCACACAUUCGAGCAAAUAGCAAGUCGCCAAAAGAAAAUUUUAGAAGAAGCUCAUGAAUUAAGUGAAGAUCACUAUAAGAAAUAUUUGGCAAAACUCAGGUCUAUUAAUCCACCAUGUGUGCCUUUCUUUGGAAUUUAUCUAACUAAUAUUUUGAAAACAGAAGAAGGCAACCCUGAGGUCCUAAAGAGGCAUGGAAAAGAGCUUAUAAACUUUAGCAAAAGGAGGAAAGUAGCAGAAAUAACAGGAGAGAUCCAGCAGUACCAAAAUCAGCCUUACUGUUUACGAGUAGAGUCAGAUAUCAAAAGGUUCUUUGAAAACUUGAAUCCAAUGGGAAGUAGCAUGGAAAAAGAAUUUACAGAUUAUCUUUUCAACAAAUCCCUAGAAAUAGAACCACGAAACCCUAAACCUCUCCCAAGAUUUCCAAAAAAAUAUAGCUAUCCCCUAAAAUCUCCUGGUGUUCGUCCAUCAAACCCAAGACCAGGUACCAUGAGACACCCCACACCUCUGCAGCAGGAGCCACGGAAAAUUAGUUAUAGUAGGAUCCCUGAAAGUGAGACGGAAAGUACAGCAUCUGCCCCAAAUUCUCCAAGGACACCGUUAACACCUCCUCCUGCUUCUGGGGCUUCCAGUACCACAGAUGUUUGCAGUGUCUUUGAUUCUGAUCAUUCGAGCCCUUUUCAUUCAAGCAGCGAUACCGUCUUUAUCCAAGUUACACUGCCCCAUGGCCCAAGAUCUGCUUCAGUUUCAUCUAUAAGUUUAAGCAAGGGCACUGAUGAAGUGCCUGUCCCCCCUCCUGUUCCUCCACGAAGACGACCAGAAUCUGCCCCAGCGGAAUCUUCGCCAUCUAAGAUUAUGUCUAAGCAUUUGGACAGCCCCCCAGCAAUUCCUCCUAGGCAACCCACAUCAAAAGCAUACUCACCACGAUACUCGAUAUCAGACCGGACCUCUCUAUCAGACCCUCCUGAAAGCCCUCCCUUAUUACCACCACGAGAACCUGUGAGGACACCUGAUGUUUUCUCAAGCUCACCACUACAUCUCCAACCUCCCCCUUUGGGCAAAAAAAGUGAUCAUGGCAAUGCCUUCUUCCCAAAUAGCCCUUCCUCUUUUACACCACCACCUCCUCAAACACCUUCUCCUCAUGGCACGAGAAGGCAUCUGCCAUCACCACCAUUAACACAAGAAGUGGACCUUCAUUGUAUUGCUGGGCCACCUGUUCCUCCACGACAAAGCACUUCUCAGCAUAUCCCUAAACUCCCUCCAAAAACAUAUAAAAGGGAGCCCACACACCCAUGCAUGCACAGAGACGGGCCACCGCUGUUGGAGAAUGCUCAUUCUUCCUGAGUUCCUCUGUUCUGGGGUGUACACUUUCCAGCCCCAAAUCCAUUGCUGGCAAUGGAGGCACUGAUGGUGCCAGCACUGAGGAGUUACAGUGAUAACUCCAAACACUAACGACUCUACUUCAAGAUGCAGUAUAAGACAAUGAAUUUUAACUUAGACAUGAUUAUAAAAUGAAAAUGGUAUUUAGAAUAUGGAAAGACUGAUCUAGAGGAAUUGGACAACUGAUUGCACCUGAAAAUCAAGUAGAAGUACUUUUUCCAGCCGAUAGGCAGGAGUCUUCUUUUUGUGAAAUGAUGUUUAUCAUUAAAGGGAUGGAAAACACAGUCUAGUGUCCAGCAGACCCAUAUGAUGACAGUUUUUAUAAUUCAAAUUAUUAUGCACUUUUUAAAAAGAAAUCUUUAACAGGGAUCUUCAUGUCCUCCUUUGUUUUCCUUUGCUUUUACUCGUCCUACUUCAGAAUAUUUUCUUAAAAAUCAUUCAAAGGACCAUGAGGAAAGGCUGUGGCACCUGCCAUUGUUGGAAUAAAGGCCCAGCACUGUGCUUUGGUCCUGUUUACACAUUACUACAGUGAACUGAGUGGGUACCGAGGCUUCACCAAAGAGGUACUUUUUUUUUUUUUUAAGAAUAAUUAUAUCAAUUUUAAUAGCGUUCCCCACCCACCCUCCCUACACAAACAAAACAUGGUGGUGUUGCCUUCAAACGAGAAGUUUUGUGUCAUUAACAUGACAACUUUUUUUUUUAAUGUAACUGUCAAGUAUAUGAUUUACAUUUAGGAGACUGUUAACCUAUUCUAGAUUGUCAUUUCCCCCCACCCUUCUCCCACAAAAGUUUACUGGUAAUCUAUGUCCUGGCUCUUAGCUGUCCCUCUAACCAUCCUAUAGAAAUGCAGUCACCCAGUGUGAAAAGGAGCAUUCGUGUUUUACUGAUAAUUGAGUAAUCAGCAUAUCUAGAAUUACCUUGCAUUGCCUAAAUCAUGUGUAUAUAGUGAAUGUUAUAAUAAACCUGGCAGGUCUGUUUUAAUUUAAUUGAAUAAAGAUACAAAUACUUUGUUUGGCUGGAAAAUAUUAAAUUAUUAUAUGGAGAAAAUGGUUGAUUCUUAUUUCUUUCAGUUGAAACAUACAUACACACACACACACACAAAGCAUAAAAGCACGUAUUGUGGUACGCCUUGGUUUCUAGUUGUGGAUGUAUGUAUUCACCUUAAAGAAUAAUCUAAAGUUGCAGUUUGGCAUAUAGGGAAAUAUUUGGUUAGAAUAGGAUGGGUAUCUUUUAAGCAGAACUUAUGUUAAGUUUUCAGUUUCCUAGGCAACAUGUAUACAGUUGGUUCAAGUUUAUAUUAAACAUUGUGCCUUGCUUGAAGUCUUUGCUCUAACAGAACUAUUCAUAAUAGAACAUCACCUACAUCAUUAGUACCAUAAUAUAAUUAUUCAUUACACCUAUGUACUGAUCUCCUGAGUCUAAUACUGUGACUAAAAUGCAUGCAACUUGUUGAAGAGGAAAAGUUUUAUUAUCUCCACUAAAAUGUCUAUUAAAUGUGCAGAUUUCAAUCCUUAAGAGAGUCAUCAGUUCAUCAGUGUCUGCAUGUGUCUUCUGAAUAAUGAAGCAACAUUUCAGCAAUUCUGUUAACCAUGUCAUUAGAGACAUAUUUAGAAGUACUGCAUCAUGGUGAAAACAUAGUACUUUAAUAAUGUCCUGUGAUAUUUAUUAGAGCAUUAAAUGUACAUCACAAUAGUACACUAUGUAGUCCUUUAAGACCAGAGUUUUGAUUGCAUCAUCAUUAAGCAAUCCAUCCUGUCAUAUCCUUAUUUAUUUAAGUUUGAUCUUUUUUGUAUAAUGGUAGCCAUUUUUCUCUUUGUAAAAUGUCUCCUUUAGAAAGUCUCCCCCAAAUUAACUUCAGAUCCAUUCUUGUAUACAGGUGUCCUUAAGACCAUUCAUUCAACAAGUAUGAAAGCCUACUAGUGCUGCUACAGUUAAUCAGAAUACACAUUCCAGAAUCUCCCAAGAUUUUUUUAGACCAGCCUCAUUUUCCCUAGAAUUUCACUUAUAUGUCUUAUUGAUCACUUCUUUUUUAAUUAACCCAUCUGCACUCCAAAUAAGAACCUGAGAAAAGUCACAUUAUAGCCCAUUCAGCGUCUCUCUGGCAAGUGUGUUAGCCUUCAGUAAGGCUUUUCCACCUGCCUGAUGUAUAAAGAGGAAAAACUCAAAACUUGGGAGUUCUAAUCAUAUUUCUCCUAAAGGAAACCAUUCUUCUACCCCAGUGGUUCUAGACCACUGUGCAUCAGCUUUAUAUGCACUGUGGAUAGAGGGUAUUUUUAUUCUGAAACAUUUGAGUAGAAUGACAUGGGUUAAAAAAAGUUUCUGCAGUGGUAAGUGAUUAGAAAAAUUCCAAUUGGAUGCUCUUAAAUGAAGGUGAGAAAACUAUAUUAGUGCUUUCUUCACAUGAAACAGCUGACAAAUUUAUUCUUUGUAUAAAAUAUACUUAAUCAGGGACAAGAAGUGGCUGAGAAGACAAAUGCAUCACCACAAAAUUCUGCUUUUGAAAGAAUCCAGGCAUUAUAAGACAGUUAAUGCAGUAUGACUUUUUCUAAACCACAUUCCAAAAUGUGAAACAUUUCUUUUAGAAAUGGAAGUGUUCUUAGAUGUUUCAUUAUUUUGGGUCACAAAAGAAAAUGUUUUCAAGGUUGAAUUUACCUAAGUGGGCUGGUAACCAAUAUAGUAGAAAGGGUAUAACCGAAAUGCUUUCAAUCUAAGCACUUUUAAAACAGGAACAGAUAAAUACGUGUCUAAAUUUAUUGAAAGGCAGGUUAUUUACUCUUCCAAGUCAUCCAAAUGUAUAUUAGAAGAGUACAAAUUAACAGGAACUAGACAAACAUUGAAAGUUUGCCUAAUUAAAGUUUGGGUAUCAAAUUAUGUAUUUCAUACCAGGUUACUAUGCUCUACAACUCAAGUAUGUGUUAAUGGGUCUAACUCAGCAAGGAGCAUGCCGCACUAACUAUACAACAAUCAACAGAACAGUGUACUGAACAAGUACUAUUUCAGUUGGAGGCUAUAUUAUGUUUUUAAAUUCUCCCUAAAUGGGGUUUUUCUUAAGUCAAAAAUCAUGGAACCCAAAAAUUAGUUGGUAUCUUUGGUCAUGAUCGUGUCUUAAUUCUCGAGUUUGCCUUACUUUAGUCAUGUAUUUCAUCUUUGUCCUUUAAUAAAAGAUUGAAUUCAGAGUUUUAAGUGGCUCAGCGAAACAAACAGAGUGGAGGGAGAGGUGUCCCAAUUUAUUCCUGUUGUACAUACUGAGGAAAACCUUUUUAUUCUCCCAGAUUUAGAAAGAAACAAAUUGAACCAUUUAUUUUUUAGUAUUCUGCUGCCAUGGGUAGAUUCACUUGUUUUUUUAACCUUUAUUGACUGCUGUACAAGUAUAGGUCCUGUUGUGUUGCACAUUAAUCUUUACCAGUAGAAUAAACAUCACAAUGUUGCUAUCAGUUUGGAUAAGUUAUGCAGUAAAAUUAUAGGGGAAAUUGAUGACUUAGUUUAUUCAAUAUUUUUCCUUUAAAACAUCUCAUUACUAACUUAUAAAAUAAUUUUGUAAUCCCUUAUACUUGAGGCAAUGAAAUAUUUUGAGCUGUAGUUAAGCAUGAAGACUGAUAAAUCUAAACAACAAAAGCACUUAUAACUUGUUUUGUAAAUGUCAUGCCUUAUUUUCCAUUUUUGACACCUUAAAGUGCAUUUUCUGUCGACUGUGAGCAAAUUUCCCUUUUGCCUUUAAUGAAAAUAGCGUAUUAAGUAGCCAAUUGCUGCAAAAUUAUAAAGCAGGUUAGCUACCAGUGGAUCACACUGGGCUACUACUCAAACAAGACACAUAACCAAUGGAGGUCACAUGUGGCUUUAGGAGAGCGCACCUGUGCCAGAUGCAUGCCACUUUCAGUAGCUACCAAAUGUGCCUUUAAUUAAGAACAUCUCUAAUUUUUUUCUUCAGAUCAAGUCAGCAUUUGGGGGCGGGAUCAGGGCAGGGGACCUUGGGGUGCAAAUCUGGUGAAGCCCACCAGAGAAGAACCCUUUGUUUGUCGAAGUGACGUGUAAUUUUAGUUGAAAUGUUUGUGUAUAUAUAUGUGUAUUUGCCUUUGGUAGCAUGUUAUUUGUUAAAACAAUUGUCAAAAAUAAAUUGCUCUGUCAGUCUUACUUUGAUGUAAAAACAAAGUGCGUUCUAUACAUCUAAUAUGGCCUUUGUACCUAACCAUGUUCAUAGGAAAUCUUUGUACUCUGUGUGCAGCAGUAUUUAGUUUGCAUUUAAAGUGAAAAUAAUGGCUGUUAUUUUUCUGGCAUUAGUAAGAUAAACCGAAAAAUAAAAAUGCCUUACAUAGCUCACAAGU